UGCGCCGCUGAAUUAGGUCCGUCUGAACUGGUGUCCUUUUAUUUUAUYCAUUUAAUUGACAAAACAAACUUCUAGUUUUAGGUUUGGAAAACAAAUUAGCUUUUGACUCGGUUCUUGGUUUCACUGCGCUUGCUUUGGCCGAGCAUGAAGCCGUGAGCUCGGAGCUAGCAGACUGCCGACACACGUCACGGCUCCGCUGGUGGACCGGAGACGCUCACGGAGGCUGUCUGAGCGGGACCUCCGUCUGGACACAGAGCAGAGGAAGGAUCCCCGAAACAUGGAUUCUCCUGAAAGGUGAGUCUGCAAUGCUUUAAGCUGAGGAGGAACAAAGCAGCAGAGGUGGAGGAGAUGGGCUGCACCUCUGCAAAGCAGGUGUCUUCUGUGCCCAACAGUGAGGAGGAGCAGAACAGAGCCCACAGCAACGGGGACAUCGUCCCUGAUGAGCUCAAGAUGAAAGGAGUGGAGAAAGUCAAGUACAUGGAUGGAGAGGAGGCAGGAGAAGACAGCCCCAAUGGCACAGAGAAGAUCGCUCUUCUUAGAAAAGGACAACAGAUAAAUGAAUCAGGGCCGAAUGGAAAGAUUCUGAGCAUUCACUCCUCAGAGAGCCAGCAGGAAUUCUUCCGAAUGCUGGAUGAGAAAAUCGAAAAGGGUCGGGACUACUGCUCAGAGGAGGAGGAGAUGACAUAGCCUCACGGUCCUGGAAUGAGAGGAACCGCGGUCCCAGCAGACGGGAUGGAAGAACUUACUUCUGAGCAGCUCCUUGUUUCACCCGAUUACUCACCAGUCCAACAGCUCCAAGUCAGAUUCCAAGUGAAAUCAGCUUCAGCUUCCUGCGAAGCCAAGCAAUGGUUUACGUCCUGGAUGAAGCCAUUUGAUGGCGCUUCAGGAUCUUUUUCUUUCUCUGCUGGGAGAGCUCCUGAACCCUGACUUCCUGAGCUGCCUGUGCUGUUUGCGUGAUGCAGCAGUGUUCAUGUGCACACUGAAUCAUAAUGAAUGGAACAGCUUUGCAUCAUGUGGAGGGUUUGCCCCCCUGAACUCCUUGUGACGAGACAUGGGGGGGUGCAGUAUGAGUGUUUCUACAGCAUGUAGGCCAGUUCAACAUGUUCGUCUGUCUCUCUUUGGAUGUAUUUACUUCAGAUACGGCUCAGGGUUAAAGUAUUGUAACCGUCCCUCAUGUAGUCUAGUCCCUCCUCUCAGUCAGACCCUUCAGCACCUCGAAGCGUUCUCUGGGGUCACGGGUGGUCCCCCGGUUCUGGUUCUYUUUCAUUUGAUCCAUGAGGUGAAGACUAAAGCAGCACAGAAAUCUGUUUGUGUCAUUCACCAGUGUUACAUCAACAUGUUGGUUUUUAUGUUGACCAUUUUUUGUUUUGUUUUUUUAAGAAAAUAAAAGUGUUUUUAGUAAUUUA